AUGGUGAAGAACUUUUUCAAGCGAGGCAAGAAAGAGGAGGCGGCGACCAAUGUCGUUGCAGACGGAUCGAUCACGUCUGCGCCUCACCCAGACCCGAAUGCGACCAAGGGCGAGAAUGGUGCUGAGGCACAGCCAGAGGGGCUCGCGCCCACGAGAACAACGGCAACUGAGGAUAUCGUCUACCCAUCUGGACUGAAACUGGCCCUUCUCAUGACCUCCGUCUUCGUGAGCAUGUUUUUGGUCGCCCUAGAUCGAUUAAUUAUUUCUACUGCCAUUCCUCAGAUCACAGAUGACUUCCACUCUGUCACGGACAUUGGCUGGUACGGUAGCGCGUAUCUGCUGGCUACCUGCGCCUUUCAGCUGCUCUUUGGCAAGCUCUACACGUUUUACAGUGUGAAGCUUGUGUUCUUGUCGACUGUCGCUUUGUUCGAAAUUGGCUCUGCCAUUUGUGGCGCCGCCCCGAAUUCGAUUGCAUUUAUUAUAGGCCGGGCAAUAGCCGGUGUUGGAUCUGCUGGCAUCUUCUCCGGUGCUAUUGUUAUCAUCGUCUAUGCUGUCCCACUGCACAAACGUCCCUUGUUCCAGGGCAUUUUUGGGGCCGUCUUUGGACUUGCAUCGGUCAUUGGUCCUCUUCUUGGAGGCGCUUUCACAUCAAAAGUGACUUGGAGAUGGUGUUUUUAUAUCAACUUGCCCUUCGGCGGGAUUGCGAUGCUUUUUAUCGCCUUCCUCCUCCAUAUCCCUGAUCGAGACACGACUCAUCUUUCUGCCAAAGCGAAGCUGUCACAGCUCGAUGCUGUGGGAACCUCCGUCUUCAUCCCCGGUUCCGUUUGUCUGCUCCUUGCCCUCCAAUGGGGAGGUCUUGAGUACUCUUGGAGCAACUGGCGCAUCAUUUUGCUCUUGGUGCUCGGCGGUGUGCUUCUCAUUAGCUUCGUGCUAGUUCAGAUCUUCAUGCCCAAUACGGCGACUGUCCCUUCUCGGAUUUUCCUGCAGCGCAGUAUUAUGGCUGGCUUCUGGUCUACCCUUUGCAUCGGGUCGCAGAUGAUGAUCUUUGUUUACUAUCUUCCCAUCUGGUUCCAAGCCAUUAAGGGUGUAUCUGCUGUCGAUUCCGGCAUUAGACUGCUUCCUAUGGUUCUACCGAUGGUUGUGGCAUCAAUGGUUACUGGUGUCCUCGUCUCAAAAGUGGGCUAUUACACGCCGUUCAUGCAAUUCGGCGUAUGUCUGCUGUGCAUCGGUGCUGGACUUUUGACAACACUCCAAGUCAAUACCGGACAAGCGAAGUGGGUCGGAUAUCAGUUCAUCUACGGCUUAGGUAUGGGCUGCACAUUCCAAGCCCCUAACCUGGCAGCUCAAACCGUCCUCCCAACGCGUGAUGUCCCGAUCGGCACCUCGCUUAUGUUCUUUUCUCAAUUGCUUGGCGGUGCUGUCUUCAUUUCCGUCGGCCAGAACGUCUUGAACAACCGGUUGCUAUCAGGAUUGAAGGGUAUUCCUGGACUCGAUGCGUCAUUCAUUCUGAACAAUGGCGCCACAACCAUCACGAACCUCCCCGACUCAGUCAAGCCUCGCGUACUAGAUGCUUACAACGAGGCGUUGCGAAGAGUCUUCCAGGUCGCCUUGAUUCUGACCUGCCUAACAAUCUUUGGCGCGCUCGCCCUCGAGUGGCGAAGCGUCAAGGAAAAGAAGAACAAGCAGGGCCAUGCUGCUGAGGAGGGCACCGCCGCCGGCAAGGAAUCGGAGCUCGAGACUGAGACCCAGGCGGGUCGCGAGACCGAUCUCGAGGAGACAAAGGCGCAGUCUAAGACCGCUUCUCAGCGUUUAUCUCAAGAUGCCGAGAAGGAGGCCAGGCCUGUGUCAGCAAAAUCUGAUGACCAGACUGUCACUGGUGAUCCAGAGAAGGAGUUGAAGGAGAUGAAAGCAUGA